GCCACUGCAUCUUUCAUCUGAUUUCUUUUAUCUUGCAAUGCAAAAUAUAAGAUCUUUGGUUCUGACUCGUCGAUUUCUGUCACCGCUACUAGUACUAUUGAUAUCCAUGUGCUAAAUUCAGGCCCGGAACCUUGUCACUGGGUUCCUUUUCUUGACGUGGAAUUGUCACUUUAAAGAAGAAUCUCCAUCACUAUGGAAUUAGGUCCCUUAAUGCCUCGACAAUGACAAUGAAAGACGUACUACAGCACCCACCUCCCAGACACUUGAGAAGUCGCGGGGAAGAGGGGUUCAGGACUCCGACACUUGAAGAUGCGGAGCACGACUUGUCGACAGGCGGCAGUGGAAACUUGUUAAGCGCACCAACAGCGCAGGCAUUGCGCGACGCCCAUACAUCGGCUUUGGAGUCAUUGCAAGGGUCGACGCCUCGAGUGAUCAACGGGACAGUCGUGAAGAAGGACAGCAAUAUCAAUGAUACCGAGUCGACCGAUCAUGCAAAGACCGACUCGUCAUCCAUCGUCGAUCUUAGCUGGAGAGAACGUAUCCGUCACUUCACCUGGGCCUAUUUCACAUUGACCAUGGCAACCGGGGGAAUUGCAAACGUCUUGUAUGCCGUUCCUUAUCGAUUCAGAGGCCUUGAGACGAUUGGUAUUAUCGUUUUUUUGUUCAACAUUGCACUGUAUCUUGCCAUAUGGGGUCUGCUCAUCGCUCGAUUUUACCUCUAUCCAUACACCUUCAAGGCGUCUUUUCUGCACCCGACGGAAUCCCUAUUUGUCCCUGCGUCCAUUGUCUCCUUUGGAACAAUCUUGAUCAAUGUCUCGCAAUAUGGUCCAGAGCAUACGGGCUAUUGGUUGGCCAAGGCCGCCGGCAUACUAUAUUGGAUUGACGCGAUUCUGGCUGUGAUAUUUUCAGCAGGGAUAUACCUUCUUUUGUGGUCGACGCAGACAUUCACAAUCGCCCAGAUGACUCCGAUUUGGAUCUUCCCAGCCUAUCCAAUGUUGAUAAUUGGACCACAUGCUGGCAUCCUGGGCAGUAAACUUGAGCCCUCUCGCUGUUUGCCCAUCAUCAUCGGUGGUAUAACUAUCCAAGGAGUUGGAUUCAUGGUCUCGUUGAUGGUGUAUUCAGCCUUUAUCUAUAGAUUGAUGUCGCAGAAGUUGCCCAAGGAAAACGUGCGGCCCGGUAUGUUCGUUUCUGUCGGUCCUAGCGCCUUCACUGUCUCGGGGAUUGUGAACAUGGCUUCUGGAAUGAAGCGAUGCUUCCCUGAUGAUUUUAUGGGAAAUGGGGCCCUUGCUGCUGAUGUUCUGAGGUUCGUCAUUAACUUUGGCGCAUUAUGGCUAUGGGGGCUGGCCAUCUUCUUUUUUUUUGUAGCAAGUUUUGCUCAUUGGUCGACAAUCGGACACGGUCGGAUCAAAUUCUCCAUGGCCUGGUUCUCUUUUGUGUUUCCCAACACUGCACUGGUAACCGCCACUUUUGCAAUUGGCAACGCAUUCUCAUGUAAACCGAUUUUGAUUGUCGGAUGUGUGAUGGUGUUCCCUCUCAUUUUUAUGUAUAUUUUCGUGUUCAGCAUGAUGAUUCGAGCAAUUACUUUGCACCAUAUCCUAUGGCCUCAGAAGGGCGAGGAUAAAGAUGAGGGUGGAUUCGAGAUGAACCGGGUGCAGCUUGAGAUUUCAAAUGUUCGAACAACGGAGGUUUGAUGUGAGACUAUGUACAAAUGGCUAUUUUCCUAAUUAGCGAAGACUUUCUCAAACCGUACAUACCUCGGCUUUCGCUCAGCAAACCAUGGAUAGUUCUUGACUGGGUCAGGGUACAGUGUGCCUCCAAUGUGCAAAUGAAGUGCCAAUAGUUCUGUUAGCAAGUUGCGGUAAAUAAGCAGUGUCCGUAUAUUUUGGUUAAGAGCAGAG